CCCAUUUAUUUGAAGCGCUGCAGCUAUAACGCGCGUUAGUGCAUAGAUGUGAUAAGAGCCCUGACGCUCCGUCACUCGUCCAGAGAAGAACUGGUCAGGCAAAGUCAGACUAGAUCAUCUGCACUGGCCCACGAGAUCAGAAAGAUUCAAAGGGGACUAUUGGAGCAAUUUUGACGCACCGGCACAGACCUGGGACCUGAUAAUUCUCCUAAAUUAAUUAAUUUAGGAGAACUAUUCUUGCAGCCAAGCAUGGAGCGAAAAACCCCUGAUUUCUCUGGCACCUGGGAGAUGAAAAGCUCAGAAAACUUUGAGGAACUCUUGAAGGCGAUAGGCGUGAACGUGAUGCUGCGCAAGAUUGCAGUGAAGGCAGCCUCCAAGCCUCUGGUGGAGAUCACGCAGGACGGAGAGACGCUCUCCAUUAAAACCUCAACCACAGUCCGCACUACUAACAUCACCUUCACUGUGGGACAGGAGUUCAACGAGAGCACCGUGGACGGACGGGCCUGCACGAGUUUCCCACGUUGGGAAACAGACAGCAAGAUCAGCUGUGAGCAGACUUUACAGAAAGGAGAGGGACCCAAGACAUCCUGGACCCGAGAGAUCACCAGUGAGGGCAAGCUGAUCCUGACAAUGAGAGCGGAUGACGUGGUGUGCACCAGACUGUACGAACGACAAUGAACAAGAGCACUUCUCACUUUUCGUCCUUCGAGCUCCCUCCCCGCUUUCGGGAUCACCUCCUCCAGCACCCCUCUGUCAGUGCAUGGAGAUAGAAGUCCACUGUUUUAUUCCAGGUUCCCCGUUAGCCCCACCGUGUAAUAAGUGUGGUAAUUGUAUCUUGCAUGUCACAUAUACACUAUAGCCUGAGCUCCGGUGCUUACCGUCUGUCUCACCAAACGUGACCAGCUGGAGUGUUAGACAUGAAAAUGAGUGUUGCGUUGUGUGCUUGACUGGCUGAGAUGACAGUUCAUGUGUGUGGCAUUGUUUGUGCGUCUCUGUGUGUGAGAGAGAGAGUUGUGUGGCAGCAGACGAGGUGUGAGGCUAUAUUUGCAGACGUGUAAACCAAUCUAUGAGCUCCUCUAGCAUCAGGUCAGCUCUGAUGUGUCUGUCUGACCUCUCUGCAGGUCUGCUCCUCGGCUUUUUCUAUCCCAUGACAGCAUUUUAUAUUUAUUACUACACUAGAGUCGGUUUUUACGUUGUGUGUCUCUUUUAUAUGAAAUAUGAUUAUAGGAAAACAACACUUUCUAUGGGGAAAACAAUAAAUCACGUUAUUAACUCA